AUGGAUAUCCCCCCAGCAUCUGCGGCACAGGAUAUCUCUCAAAGUACGGCGCCAGUGCCAGCGCCAACAUCAGCAAUAGCAGCACCAUCGCCGGCGUCGAAUGCAGCGCAUGAUGCAUCACACCCUCCCUCCCCUGAACGCAGCACCAAUACGCCCAUCGCUGAAGCACCCCAAAACGCCACAGGUGAUGCUGCCAGCACUGCGGUCGUCACCAACACCACCAAUGGCGUCAAUGGCAUCAGCACGAACGCUGUCAUUGGAAGUCACGAUGCUGUAUCUACACCCUUGCCUCCGUCCGUGCCCACGACAGCACCAGCGCCACCUGCUCCAAUGUCAAGCAUGUUGCCUUUAACCCCGUCAUCAAACCAUCAGCAACCUAUCAUCCCUCCCGCCAGACCUCCUAUCCAGCGACAGACCAGUGAAGCUCAAAAAGGCUUCGCGUCGCCAAAGGCAAACCACCACCAACAGGUUCCCAAGUUCAACGAGGACAUAUCACAACUGAGUUUUGGCGUAGCUCAAGCCAGUCCUCAGGCUGUGAGGAGGGUGGUACGAGACAACUGGGAAAAGGCCCUGCUUGGCUCCGAGUUUCAUCAUGCGUUCCUAUUGAACGCCGUGAUACACCAUGCCAAUGGAGUGGUCAUUCGCAGAGCCAUCAAAGACUUCGGUGAGAAGAUGAUAACAGAAGCCAAGCACGAAGUUAUCUCACAUUACACCCCCAAGGACUUGGAUGCAGUUAGAAACUUAAUCCUCGAGAGAUGCAGUGAUCGCUUCCUUGACCAAGCACUUGAGAAGAGGCUAAAGACAAUUGACGCACGGUCGUUGAUUAAUGCUCUUGCGCGAGCAGAGCGUCUCGGCUAUGAGAACAGCGAUGUUCUUGAUGAUCAGAAGGAGAAGGUUGUUCAUGUUGCGGCUCCGUCUGCGGCUCCGUCUGCCUUCACACCCGUGAACCCUAGUCCACGACCAAUUCAACACCCACAGCAUCAACAGCAACCUCCCCAACUGCCACCUCAGCAACCACCUCCGCAAUAUCGACAAGUGCCUCAAAACCUCCCACCUGUACGCACCGCAGCUCCCGUUGCGCCUGUACGCGCCGCGGCUCCCGUUGCGGAGCUUCAAUGCCGACUGUGCUGGAAGAAGUUCAAUGCAACGGCUCCUUACGAAUACCAUGUCCAAAAGCAGAUUUGCACGAAAGAGGCCCCUAAUGGAAAUGAAUUUCCGUUCACAUGUGAGCACUGUGGCUCGGGCUUCAUCACCAAGAUUGGCAAACAAUACCAUAUUGCCAACGCUGUAUGUGGGGACCACAAGACAGCGCCCGCAACGCCCAGGGCUCCCGUAGCCAGUAGCUCCCCUAUGGCCGGUCCACCUGGGUACAGCACUCCUGCUCAGCCUCCUGCUCAGCCGUAUCCGUCUACCCAGUCAUAUUACCCCAGCAGCCAGCAACUGCCGGCAUCGUCUCCGCGCGUCGGGACACCAAGUCAGCCGAGUCGUCUACCAACAUCAAUUCAGGCAUCAGGUGGUGAUGACCCAUAUAGUCAUCUUACUCCUUUGAAGAGGGCAGAACUAAAUGAGGCUCUACGCGAGGCCGAGGUCAACUAUGCUCCACGAUUCAGGGAGGCGGAACUGAUACAAGAUCCCAUUGAGCGGAAGGUGAAACUUGACGGUAUUCAGAACAGCUUCAGCACGAAGCAGAGCAUCAUCCGUAAAAAGUAUGGAGUGCGUCUUCGGCAGCGGCGGACCAAAGAAGAGAUCGAGCAGGAGCGUGUACGCAUGGGGACCCUGAAGCACGGUGCCCCGACCACAAGCUACGGUCACGACACGCCAAGCGCGAAGAGGCAGAGAGUUGGUAGCGUCGGUUAUCAGACACCGCAGCCCGUCCCGGUCAGCAGUGUACCCGAGCCGAGCAACCAUCACUCUGUUUCCGACAUGAACAACUCCGGGCUGGGCGGGUCGAGCGCGACAGUCGCCACGACUGACCCAACUGCUUCUAUGUCGUCGGCAAAGCAGACUCCGAUUUACCCACCUCAGAAUAGCCUUUCGUCAUUGCAGAGACAGGGAUACCGGGUGUCAUCGCAUGUCGGGGGUCAGACGCCCACCAAUGGUUCGGCCCCAGAGUCAUUGCAGCGGCCCUCUAACUUGGAGAGAAGUGGCUCUGCGUCGGCACCAGUCGUACUCGACGAUGAUGAUUCCUCCGGUUCAGACACGGAUACCGAUGGCGAUAUUCCUGCAACUAUACCGCCUCAGAAGCCUAGUGGCACCCCGCAGACGGGCACCCCUGCAUGA